UCCCCUCCCUUUCCACACACUCCAUCUCUCUCUCUCUCUCUCUCUCUGCCAUUUCCGCAAUUCUCAUCUCUCUCUCUCUCUCUUUCUGUGUUUGCUGUGAAAUUCUUACUUAUAUCACUGUAGGAGCGAACAAUUGGACCAGUUUUCACUAUAAAAAGGCUGGGAGGCGAUAAUCUUAUCCUCCCUCUCCAUUUCAGAUUUGGUGCGAAACGAUCAGUCUUCCAAAUUGGAGCGGUCAGUUACUUUCUCUAAAGCCACCAAACCUCACUUCCUGGCUCUAAAAGAUUCCAUGAAGCAGUUGAUCCGUCGGCUCUCAAAAGUCGCUGACUCCUCUCAGUACAGUCUCCUCCGCUCAGAUUCACAGGCGCGUAGAUGUUCCGCAUCAAGAUCGACUCGCAGAGGAGAGUCGUUCCGGUGUUUGGUGAAGCCGGCACGGCGCGCCGGUGGAACCAAGCCGGUUCCCGAAGGUCAUGUUCCGGUGUACGUCGGGGAUGAGAUGGAGCGGUUUGUGGUGAGUGCGGAGCUGCUUAACCAUCCGAUCUUCAUCGGUCUUCUUAAUAAGUCCGCCCAAGAGUACGGUUACGACCAAAAAGGUGUCCUCAGGAUUCCCUGUCACGUGUUGGUUUUUGAACGAGUUAUGGAAGCGCUUCGACUGGGUCUCGAGUCACGUGACCUUGAGGAUCUCCUUGGCUCAUUAUUCACGGAUGAAUAUUUCUAAAUUAGGCUUUAUUUUUUAAUUUCUUGUUUAGAUCCUUGAGAUAUGUAGAGAAGACAUCAAGAGAUCUUUUAGUUUUGGCUGUAAAUAUGCUUUUUGUGGCCUGGUUAUGAUGAUCACACUCACUUGAACGUUAAACAGUUUUUGUUUUCCAGGGCCUGUUUUUCUUUUGUCCUUUGUAAAAUCAGGGACUGAAGCUUUAAUUAAUUAUACGUAUUACCUUUUUUUUUGCCCUA